AUGUCGUUUGAGUGUUCCGUCUUCUCGCCCGCAGGGUACGAGCCGAUGAAGGGGGAUUGGGUCCAGGCCAAAUACGUCAUUAACCCGGGCCAGUGGACCACACAGGCUCGCUCUGUGGCUCCCCUGCGCUACAGCCGCCUGGACAAGGUGGUCUUUCUACCUCAGGAUUUCUACCUCCCACAGGUGGACUUCUAUCUUCCGCAGGUGGACGUCUUUCCUCCGCAGGUGGACGUCUUUCCUCCUCAGGUGGACUUCUAUCCUCCGCAGGUGGACGUCUUUCCUCCGCAGGUGGACGUCUUUCCUCCUCAGGUGGACGUCUUUCCUCCUCAGGUGGACGUCUUUCCUCCGCAGGUGGACGUCUUUCCUCCGCAGGUGGACGUCUUUCCUCCUCAGGUGGACUUCUAUCCUCCGCAGGUGGACGUCUUUCCUCCGCAGGUGGACGUCUUUCCUCCGCAGGUGGACGUCUUUCCUCCGCAGGUGGACGUCUUUCCUCCGCAGGUGGACGUCUUUCCUCCGCAGGUGGACGUCUUUCCUCCGCAGGUGGACGUCUUUCCUCCGCAGGUGGACGUCUUUCCUCCUCAGGUGGACCUUGUGGAUGUCCACUCUCCCUCUUCUCCUAGCCUUGAAGAGUUCCUGGACUUUUGGCUGCAGACUCUGGAUCCAGCUCCUGCCUCCCCCACUAAUGCUCCUCUUCUUUUCCCUCCCAUCUUUGAUGCGGAGGCGUUUGUUUCAUCAGUGUCCAGAGCAGACCCAGGUGAACCCAGGAGGACAGACAUCAGUGUCCAGAGCAGACCCAGGAGGGAGGUGGACCGGCUGAUCUCCUACAGGAGGGAGGUGGACCGGCUGAUCUCCUACAGGAGGGAGGUGGACCGGCUGAUCUCCUACAGGAGGGAGGUGGACCGGCUGAUCUCCUACAGGAGGGAGGUGGACCGGCUGGUCUCCUACAGGAGGGAGGUGGACCGGCUGGUGUCCCACAGGAGGGAGGUGGACCGGCUGAUCUCCUACAGGAGGGAGGUGGACCGGCUGAUCUCCUACAGGAGGGAGGUGGACCGGCUGAUCUCCUACAGGAGGGAGGUGGACCGGCUGGUGUCCCACAGGAGGGAGGUGGACCGGCUGGUCUCCUACAGGAGGGAGGUGGACCGGCUGGUCUCCUACAGGAGGGAGGUGGACCGGCUGGUCUCCUACAGGAGGGAGGUGGACCGGCUGGUCUCCUACAGGAGGGAGGUGGACCGGCUGGUCUCCUACAGGAGGGAGGUGGACCGGCUGGUCUCCUGGUGUCUCCUACAGGAGGUGUCCUGCGGAGCCGUGCGGUCGCAGUUAGCAACGGGACCGUACAGCAACACACCACCGAGUCACGGAAAAACCCUGCCAAACACAACGAAUACGAACCACGAACAACCCAGCGCCUGCCAUAACACCGUUUUAAAGGCGACAGACGCGGGAUUAAAAUGGUCGUCUGGUAGAUCGCAGCGCAUUUGGAGGCGUGGUACACGGCGCCCUCUGGUGGUAGAAGUGGGACACACGCUGAGCCGUGGCCCCAUGGCACAGUGA